CAGCGAGUCAAAGAGAAAGGCAAUAAAGGGAGGCAGGGGCUGCACUUUGCCGACGAGCAUCUCUGCCGUCCUGCUAUAAGACUAUACAGUGUUCACUGCCGCCCCGGAUCUGCGAACAUACACACAGGGACUUCUCUGGAGAGAAAAAAAAGGGCUGAGUUCAUCAAUGUAACUCCGCUCAGUCAGUCCGAAACUGCGCCGUUUACCUGGAUAAGUCCAUCGCGAGGAGAAGCUUGGACAGAGAGAGAGAGAGAGAGAGAAGAAGAAGACAAGAGACAGGCGAGUGGAGUGUCGACGUAAUACAAAACAACCGUGAAGGAAACGAGAAGAAUAUGAUUGCCAAGCAGCACUUGAUCUUCAUCCUCUACAGCCUCUGUGCGAGCGUCUUUAAAGUGGCUGGGACAAAAAGCAAAGCGAAAGGUAGCCAAGGUCAGUUCCCCAUAACUCAGAAUGUGACGGUGGUGGAGGGGGGCGCAGCCAACAUGACCUGUCGUGUGGAUUACAAUGAUAACACUUCCCUCCAGUGGUCAAACCCUGCACAACAGACCCUAUUCUUUGGGGACAAGAAAGCUCUGAGGGACAACAGAAUCGAGCUGGUGCGAGCCUCGUCGCAGGAGCUCACCAUCAGAAUCGGUGACGUCAGCCUGUCAGACGAGGGCCAGUACACCUGCUCGCUCUUCACCAUGCCUGUCAAGACCACCAAGGCCUUCCUCACUGUGCUGGGAGUGCCAGGACGACCAGAGAUCACAGGAUUCACCAAGCCUGCCAUGGAGGGGGACGUAAUCACCCUGAUGUGCAGCACACCGGGCAGCAAACCAGCUGCCAAUAUCCGGUGGUUCCGAAAUGACAAGGAGGUCCAAGGCACUAAGGAGCUGAAUGCCACAGGAAAAUCCUUCACAGUGAGGAGUAGCCUCCAAUUCCAGGUGGACAGACGGGACGAUGGCGUCGCCUACACCUGCAGCGUGGAGCAUGUGUCCCUGUCCAACCCCUACAUGACAACCGAGGUCCUGGAGGUCCACUAUGCUCCCCACCUGGAGAUCACACAUUCACUGAUUAUUCCACAGGAAGGGCAAUACUUAAAAUUGGAGUGUGUGUCCAUAGGCAACCCAAUACCUGAACCGGUGCUGUGGUCUAAAGAUGGAGGAGAGCUGCCAGACAUUGAGCGUAUGAUUGUGGAGGGCAGGGAACUAACCAUCACCACACUAAAUAAAACAGACAAUGGCACAUACCGCUGCGAGGCCAGUAACCACCUGGGGACCAGCAGUGCUGAAUAUAUACUUUUUGUAUACGCCAAAGACUUUCCAGGGCCUACAACAGAUCCUAAUGCUCUAGGACAACAUGGACCUGACCACGCUUUAAUCGGCGGUGUUGUUGCAGUCGUAGUCUUCAUCACCUUGUGUCUGAUAAUAGUUCUUGGACGAUAUCUGGCCAGACAUAAAGGGACGUACCUAACACAUGAGGCCAAAGGAGCAGAGGAUGCCCCAGAUGCAGACACAGCCAUCAUCAAUGCUGAGGGAAACCACGUUCAUGCAGAGGAAAAGAAAGAGUACUUCAUUUAGACUUCUGUUACUCUUUUCUUUUAUUCCGUUUCAUGACAGUUUUUGACAGCAGACAUGCAAUUUUAAGCUGCCUCUGCAUCACAACAUGUGCUGUUUUACUUUACUUAUUAUUCUUUUGUCUUCUCCAGAAAGCUCAUGCUUGGAUAUGCUUGUUUUUCAAAGCAUUCGCUGAUAAUUCUCCUUUUGUAACCAAUGUAAACCAUGUACAAUUGGAUUAUUUUCCUUUCAGUUUUACGGUGCCUAAAUGCUGUUUCUUUUUCUGCAUUUCUUUCAUCGCUUGCAUUAGCUUUUUUUCUCUACCAUCUUACUGUACCUGUUAUACAACUUUUUGCUGAUUUUUUUGUAUUUUAUUCUGAAGCAACAAGAAAUGGGCUUCAACUGAAGUUUGAGUCAAGUCUUAGCUUUCCAAAAUGUUUUGCUUUAAGAGUAGAAUAUGUAAAAUACAUCAAUUUGAUCAAACAAACAGGAUUAAAUAGUGGUUUUGGAUGUUGCCUGGAGCUUACCCCACCACAGCCAUACUGUAUACAUUAAAAAAAAAAAGUCAUAAAACUGACCAGACACUUUGACAAAACAAAACAUAACUGAAGCACAAUCUGUGUGAUUGUCUCUAGAUGAAAUCAACUCCCUCUCAGCACUGUCCGUAUAUUUCUGCAUUGAUUUACGGUACCUUUCAGUUUUUGCUCGUGCCGUUGAUUUGUACCAACAGAGAACAAGUUAGAAAAUUAAAAGCACAAAGUCUGAGGACUAACACGGAGGGAAAACACAUCAACUGUUUCUUGUCUCAGGAUUCAAUAUGAGUCUAGAUGGAGAGAUGGUGUCAGACACGUGAUGAAGAUUUCAGUACACUUGCAGUUAACGUCAUGGAUGAGGAACUUUCAUUUUGGUUGGCGAUUUGACGUAAGGUCCAAACUGAGUGAGUGGAACCUUCCGGGGGUUCAUUAUUCAUGUUGAAUUUUAUUGAACAACUAUGCUCAAUGUGUGGAUAUUGCUGUAAAAUACUUUGCUAACGUGAAUAUUGGUGAACAAUACUGUUGAAUCUUGGGAUCCCUGACAUAUUACUAUUUGUAUAUUAGAAUAUAUAUUAUUUAAAGUAUUCCACAAGUCUUAUAUUUGUUUUCCAUUUAUCUAAUGAGAGGUUGUUUUGCCAGGCGGCAUGUAAAUAUUGUGUAAGUAUUCAAUUUUAGUCAAAGAUAAAACACUGGUUUUAGCUUUUCAUUUCAGGUCUUAUCUGUUCCCAUCACUUUGAAGAGAUCCUUUUCACAUUUUUGAAGAUUUUUUCAAACAGGGAUUCUAAUAAAUUGCUUAAAAUGUAAAAAAAAAAAAAAAAAACUGGUCAAAAUAUAUGUAUUUAUUAUUAUGAUUGAUUGACAUUUAUUAUAUAAUACUAUAUUGAUUGAUAUUAUUGCUGUUAUUACUAAAGUAGUUGUCUGACAUUAACCUAUCCAUUUUUAAUUCUAUCACUUAUCAUAAAAAAACAAUACAAGGAUCACCGUUAUGGCCUUUGAGUUUGCUGCAAACAGUACUAAUGACAUGUUGAGGCAUUGGUGAAUCAGACAUGCCCUCACUGUAUAUAGUCACUGUAUCAAAGACAUUGAACCACAUUGCCAAUGCUCAUACAUGUUAUUUUGUUAGUUCAGUAUGAUGCUAUAAAUAACUCAUUUUGUACAAAGUUUUAAUCGCUGUAAUUAAUUUGCUUUUUAUGGGGGAUGUGUGAGGUUUGCUUUUCUCUCAGUAUUGAAUGUUCAUUUUUCAACUUUACCACUGUAAAAAAAAAAAGGAAAAAGAGAGACUAAGUGCGGAUUAAAAUAUGAACAACUUGAAAACUG